CUCUGAGUUCUUAUACGCUACAAUAUUUGCUAAGUAACAUACUAUUGUUAUCGCCUUUAGUAUUUCAAAACAAGAAGGGAAGUGAAGUGAUUUCAAAUCAGGUACUAAUUUUAAAUGUCGUAAUUCGUCUGUGUUUGGUAUGCACACCCUGUUUAACAAAGCUAAAUCAUAACAUCAAGGGUAAAUGAGUCAUCACUGAAAGAUUAUUUCUAAAGAUAUUUAUCUGACAGCUCUUCCUUUUUUUAUAUGAUGACUUCUUUAAAAGAUGAAAAUGUAGAUUGGUACAAUUGGCUUGAAAAGCGUGUAUGUGUUAAAGGCACAUUAUUUGGGACCUUAAAAUAUUUUGGCACAACAAAAUUUUCUGAUGGAUUAUGGUGUGGUGUUGAAUUAGAUGAUCCUGUUGGAAAAAAUAAUGGCAUAGUAAACAAUGUCAAGUAUUUUACAUGCCUGCCCAACUUUGGUAUAUUUGUUCCUGGGAAUAAAGUUUGCAGAAUUGAAAAUGAUCCAAAAAACUUGGCUGUUACUUUUACGGAACUUAAUAAAACAGUUAACCUGCAGAAGUGUAAAGAAAAUACUGUUCUAAUAUCAACCUCUGAAAGUCAGCCCUUUGAUUGCAAUAAGGAAAAUGAAGAAAUUAGUGAAAUGAAAAGGGAUAAAACGUUGGAAAAUGAUCCAAAAAACUUCGGUGAUACUUUUAUGGAACUUAAUAAAACAGUAAACCUGCUGGAGUGUAAAGAAAACACUGUUCUGGUAUCAAUCUCUGAAAGUCAGCUUUUUAAUUGCAAUAAAGAAAAUGAAAAAAUUAGUGAAAUGAAAAUUGAUAAAACGUUGGACGUUGAGCAAGAUUCUGAUGAUAGUUCUUUGGGCUUAUUAGAUUCUGAUUUAGUUGAAUCCUGGAAUUCUCUCACCCUUGAUACUGCUGUUGAUGGUGAACCAGAUUUUCAAGAUGCUUUAUUAAAAUUGGAUAACAAUGAAUUGAAUUUUGCUGGUGGUAGCUUGCCUACGUCUGACAUUUUAUUUUCAGAUGUAAUUAGCAUUCCAAAAUAUGCCAGUACUCCAAGGCACCCAGUAAAAAAAAGGUUUACUGAUUUUAAUUCUAUAGCUACCAUUGAUUAUGCUGUAGAAAAUAUUAUUGAACGUAAUGAUGAAUUUGAAAGUCAAAUUGAUUUCAUUGGGGAAGAUAUCUUUUUUGACCCUGAGAAGUUUAAAGAGAAUCUUAACUUAGCCUCAACUUCUAAAUUCUUUCAAAUACCAGAUGCUUCAUCUAAUAAAAAUAUGAAUAUUGUCUCACCAGUUUCUUAUAACCCUAUUUUACAAUCUGAUAAUUUAAAUAAAACUCAAGUAAUACCCGCAGCAUUUAUAGCUAAUAAUCAAGAUAUUAUUAAACCUAUAUCAAUAGAUUUAAACAAAACUCAAACACUUCAAAAUGGAUGCCAAGCUACUGUUUCUAACCUUGAUGUAUUAAAUACAACUUUUAAAAUGCCUGCAAAAACUGAAACUGAAGAUUUGAAUUUCACUGUGUGUAUAAAGAGUAAUAAAGAAUCAGAAAACCAUCAAAAAUUUAGUAAAGUUGAAACUCUAGCUGAUACCAUAACUUGUAAAAAUAUGAAUUUAAAUUCAACAUUUGACUUUGAUGCUGCAUUAAAAAAAAUUUCUAGUACUAAUGGGACUGCUUGCUCUGAGUAUGAUUUAAAUCAACAGGAAACUGCCAACAUCUGUUUAUCGAAAACUUUUAUCAAUAAUUCAUCUGGUCCUCAAAUAAAUGAUGUGAAUAAAAAUGACUCAAUAUUACAGAAAACUUUUGUUCUAGAUUCUAGUUUACCUGAAGAAAAGCACAACAUUGAGCAAUCCCAUUUUGUUGAUGUUUUAGAUAAUGUUGAGUUUAAAUCUUUUGAUUAUAAAAACAAGCUUUUAGAAGAAACAGCCCCUUUAGAAAACACUUUAACUGAUGUUAAGGAACGAAAUAGUGUAAGUAUACCUCCCAUAACUCGUAACAGAACAAAUUGUACACGGAGAUUUUCUUAUAGCUGUGAUCUAAAGUCAACAAUUAAAACUAAAGGCAAAGUCAUAAGUAAUGAUUCAGUUACUUCUAAAAAUCAGAGAAAUGUUUCUAGCCUACAACUUAAAACAAAUAAUGUUGACAAAAAAACAGCUCAGUUUAAAAAGCCUUUACCCGUGUAUUCUUCCAUUCGCAAGUCUAAAGCUCCUCUAAAAAAAUCUACAUCUGCUAAAGAAAAUAGCUCUUAUUUAAAAGAAAAUGUAUUUGUUAACUCAGAUAAACCUGUCGUUUCUGGUGUGAUUCAUAAAAACGUUGAGAGUUCUAUUGAUAUAAAAUUAGAAAUAAAAAGGAAAAGUGGGAGAAUUUACUCAAAUGCAAUUCCAAGUAAGUCAACAGUUUCUAGUCAUAAAUUUUCUUAUUCAAAAACUGCUGUGCAGUUAAAGACUACAGGUAAUUUGUCUUUGCAAAACAAUGAUGAUGAAAGUUCGAAAAUUUCAAAUAAAAUACUUGUUUUGGGUUCUGAAGUUUUACCUAUGAAUAAUAUAAAUGUGCCUGGUACUUCCAAAGUAUCUUUAAACAGUGUAAAAAAUACAAUGCCUGGUGAAAAGACAGUCAACCAAACUUCUAACAACCUUACUAAAAAUCCUAUUGUGAUAAAUUUAAAUGAAACUGUAAGUUUUGAUAUGGAACCUAAAAAUAAUCAGAGUUCUGAUGAUUUAAAAUUAGAACAAGAAAAGGAAAGGGUAUUUUCUUCAAUUGAAGAUAAAUCUGUACUUCCAAAUAAAUCUCUAGUUUCUAGUCGUAGGUUUUCUUAUUCAGAAAGUAUAAAAACUACUGUGCGAUCAAACAUUCUAGGUAAUUUGCCUAAAAAAGUGAGUGGAAGUUCAAAAAUUUCAAGUAAGAUAAAUUUUUCAGCUUCUAAAGCUGUGCCUAAAAAUGACUCGAGUGUGCAGGGUACUUCCCAAGUGCCAAAUAAAAAUACAUUGCUUCCUAAAAAGAUAAUCAACCAAACUUAUAAUGGCCAAGCUAAAAAUUCUCCAGUGUCACAAUUUAAAGAACAAGUUGUGAAAGAUAAAUUACUGACGUCUCGACAAAGUUUUGGGCUCUCUUCAAAUGGACGUGCAAUUCCUAGGCGUGAUAGUUUAGUUAUAAAGUCAAAAUCAAAUCUUCCAGCUGGUAGAUAUUCCAUGCUUCCUUCAAUCAAAGAAAAUAUAUGUGAAGCUAAAAGUAUUGGUGAAAUAGAACAAUUAGCUAAGUCUAAUGAUCACUUUGUUCCUGGAGCUGUACCUAAAGUCAUAGCAGACUCCAGUCAAUCUUCAAGGAUCGCAUCUUCAUUGCCCCAGAAAAGUCAAAUAUCAACAAGAAAAAUGGGGCAGAAAUAUUCUGAUGUGAAAGAGGAGAAUAGUGCGUCUCCCAAGAUUCCACGAUAUAAUCUGCGUAGGAAGAAUUGAACUUCUUUAUGUACCAAGAAUUUCUUUUUAUUAUUGCAUUUUACCUUUGUAUAAGUUCUAACUAUUUUUAAAUUUAUCUUUAUACGAAUUUAUAUUGAAUGUUUGGAUGAAUUUUGAGUUUUAAAUGAAGAGUACUAAUUUUUUAUUUAUUGUAAUCAUAGAAUCUGCCUUAUUCAUUUUAGCUCACUGAGCUAAUUUAAGUGCAGGAGUCUAUGUAAUGUUAGAUUGUAUUUUUAUGAAUUUCUUGCAUAUAAUAUUAAUUCUUUAUAAAUGUAUGACAUAAAUUUUAAUUUUGUCUUUAAAACGAUUGAAUAUUUAAAUAAAGUUUUUCUAUUUCA